AACCGGUACCCUGACACUAACAAAACCGCCUUAUGACUCUAGUUUAUAUAAUAGAGAGACUGGGGGUAACGCUUAUGACUCUGUAGUCAGUUCUACUGAGUCUGCGUUUGCAUCUUCUUCUCCUUCUUCUAGAUCUGAUCUCCAAUUUCACCCCCAAGGUUUGAAAAGUCUAUCACUUUAUUCAAAAUGGGUCGUGGAAACAGCUGUGGUGGAGGUCAGAGCUCACUCAAUUAUCUCUUUGGUGGCGGUGAUGCUCCUCCUCCUCCUAAGCCCGCUCCAGCUCCUCCUGCUGAGCCAGCCAACAGGACUUCUGCACCUGCACCAGCUCCGGCAGCUGCGAGUGCAACAGCAGCAGCUACUACUACUGUUGAGCCUGCUAAGAUCAACAAGGAGAUCCCUGCUGGUAUCAAAACUCCUGUCAACAACUAUGCCCGUGCUGAAGGACAAAACACCGGAAACUUCAUCACUGACCGUCCUUCCACUAAAGUUCAUGCAGCUCCUGGAGGUGGAUCAUCUCUUGAUUACCUCUUCACUGGUGGCAAGUAAAAAUAACAAACAAACAAACAUUGUGUCUGUUGUUGCAUUCUCAUUAUUAAACUGUUUGAUGUGAGCCUUUAAAUGAUAAGAAGUCGGUUUCUUGUCAACCCUGUGUCAUUCGUUUAUCUUGUAAUGUUCUCCUGAAAAAUGUUCAAAUCAUAUGAAUCCAAAACAUUUCCCCUUCUCUCUUA